AGAAAAGAAGAUGAUAGAUGUGUUCAAACCAACAGACAAGAUGUUCGUUGUUUGCGUCAGGAAAAGUUAUGCUAUUCGGUUGGAUUUACGUUUGUAGGGCGGGUUUAGUUUUCGGAUACGGAAGAGGAAGGAGCUAUGUUUUGAAAGCAUUGUCAGAAGUUUAGAAAGUUACGAAAAAGGGACUUGUUGAAAUAACUUUACAUGACAUUAUUUACAUAGGGCAGUGAUACUAUUAAAAUAUAUCCUAAUUCUAUUUUAACAACGUGCGUGUCACUAAUUGAAGGAAGGCAGUUUGGGAGAGGAAACUAACAUCGCUACGUUGAUAUCUAGCGUGUGCUUGCUUUGACAACUAGUUAAACGUUUUUGAAUUGUAUUACUUGACUUUUACCAAGAUGGACAUACAACACCGGCAGCGUCCGGUCAAACCGGACCAGAGUUUUUGGGACAACCGAAGACUGUGGACCGCAAGGAUUUUCUCCAUGCUCUGCUGUGCAAUGGUGAUGUCGGUCGUUGCAGUAUUCUGCGCCUUUGUUUACCUCAUCUUGAAAGAGAUGCAGAAUGAGAGAGUGAUUGGAGAGGAUGGCUCAGAGGUUAGACUCCUAGGGUUCUGGAGUGUUCUGGUCAUGUCGGUGCUAGCAGGGUUCUGCUGCUGUAGCUUCACAUGGACCAUCACCUACUUUGACUCUUUUGAGCCCAGCACGUUCCUCCCAACGCCCCUGUCCCCUGGCCACCUCAGGCAGGUGACAGGUCACUCCUUCCACAUGAGCUACAGUGUGGCGGUCCUAAAUGGCAUUGUAGCGGCGAUCACCAUCAUCUGGAGCCUUACCUGACCUUACCCACAACCCCCUGUUCUACCUGACCUUACCCACAAACCCCUGUUCUACCUGACCUUACCCACAAACCCCUGUUCUACCUGACCUUACCCACAACCCCCUGUUCUACCUGACCUUACCCACAACCCCCUGUUCUACCUGACCUUACCCACAACCCCCUGUUCUACCUGAUCUUACCCACAACCCCCUGUUCUACCUGACCUUACCCACAAACCCAUGUUCUACCUGACCUUACCCACAAACCCAUGUUCUACCUGACCUUACCCACAAACCCCUGUUCUACCUGACCUUACCCACAAACCCCUGUUCUACCUGAUCUUACCCACAAACCCCUGUUCUACCUGACCUUAACCACAAACCCCUGUUCUACCUGACCUUACCCACAAACCCUUGUUCUACCUGACCUUACCCACAAACCCCUGUUCUACCUGACCUUACCCACAAACCCCUGUUCUACCUGACCUUAACCACAAACCCCUGUUCUACCUGACCUUACCCACAAACCCUUGUUCUACCUGACCUUACCCACAAACCCCUGUUCUACCUGACCUUACCCACAACCCCGUUCUACCUGACCUUACCCACAACCCCCUGUUCUACCUGACCUUACCCACAACCCCUUGCUCUGACCCACAACCAUCUCACCUGACCCAAAACCCCUUGUUCUACCUGACUUUACCCACAAUCUUUCCCAUGUGUAUGUGUACAUAUCAAGAGAAGCAGUAGAACAUGAUGUGAUACUAUGAGACAAUGUGUCCAGUACUAAAGUCAGCCUCUCACUCACUAGCUCCUUGUCAUUUGGUUCUCCAUGCUGUCCUCUUCUUGGCCAAGUCCCAGGCUGAUGAAGUGUUGAGUCCCAGGUUUCUACAAAGUCAGGAUACCUUUUUUAAUGUACUGUAUAUUGUGAUAUCCAGCCUAAAGAGGUUUUUGGGCCAAAUUAGUGCUAUAAAGAGAACAUUUAAAAUAUUAAAUGAGGCUCACACAUUCUAAAUCUAUAGUUUAUUGUAAGUCUAAUAUAUAACCUGUAGAGGUAUGUUCCAUGCAGUGUAUCUGUGCAUUUGACUGUUAUUCUCACUGAACCACUGAAUGAUGCUUUCACUGUCUCUCCUUCCCACACUGAUGUCUGUACUACUGAACAGUAAAGAAGCUCUCACCUGCCUUCUGUAUCUUUUCUCCUUCCCACAAUGAUGUCUGUACUACUGAACAGUAAAGAAGCUGUCACCUGCCUUCUGUAUCUUUUCUCCUUCCCACACUGAUGUCUGUACUACUGAACAGUAAAGAAGCUCUCACCUGCCUUCUGUAUCUUUUCUCCUUCCCACACUGAUGUCUGUACUACUGAACAGUAAAGAAGCUCUCACCUGC